CUUACAUACCUAGUAGCUACUAGCAACCAUUCUUCCCAGGAUGAGGAUGAGUAUGCUAUUAGACAUUAACAUUGUUGUUGUGGCAACCUUUGUCAUGAUCAUGAUGAUGGUGCCCAAAUACGUGAGUGCCCAAAAUAUAGGUGACAUAGUUACACAAGAUUUCUUCAAUGGCAUAAUUAAUCAGGCUGAUGCAAGUUGUGCAGGGAAGAACUUCUACACACGAGAUGCUUUUCUCAAUGCUCACAAUUCCUACAAUCAAUUUGGUAGUCUUGAUAAUGCCGAUAGCUCAAAGCGUGAAGUUGCAGCUGCUUUUGCCCAUUUCACACAUGAAACUGGACAUUUUUGCUAUAUAGAAGAGAUUGAUGGUGCAUCAAAGGACUAUUGUGAUGAAUCCAACACUCAAUACCCGUGUGCACCUAACAAAGGGUACUUUGGGCGUGGACCAAUCCAACUAUCAUGGAAUUUCAACUAUGGACCAGCUGGCCAAGACAACAAUUUUGAUGGGUUGAAUGCUCCAGAGACAGUGGCUAAUGAUGCUACUGUGUCCUUCAAGACAGCAUUGUGGUACUGGAUGAAAAAUGUGCGCCCUGUCGUUAACCAAGGCUUUGGUGCAACCAUUAGAGCUAUCAAUGGCGCACUUGAAUGUGAUGGUAAAAACCCUGGCACAGUUGAAACUCGAGUUAACUACUACAAAGAAUAUUGCGAAAAACUAGGCGUUUCUCCUGGUGACAAUCUUACUUUCUUAUAUUAUCAUAUCACUUUUGUUUUCAGAGAGGAGAUGGUGAGGAUGGGGAACAAGUUACAGAACAUUGUUCUCACACUAGUGAUGAGUGGCUUUGUCUUGAUGAUGAUGGUGAGAGCUCAAAACUGUGGGUGUGAGGCAGAGUUAUGUUGUAGCCAAUACGGGUAUUGUGGGAAUGGUGAUGACUACUGUGGUAGAGGAUGCCAAGAAGGUCCUUGUUUUGGCACUGCAACACCCAACGAUGUUUCUGUCUCUGACAUUGUCACAUUUGAUUUCUUCAAUGCUAUAAUUGAUCAAGCUGAUCCCAGUUGUCCAGGGAAGUAUUUCUACUCACGAGAUGCUUUCCUCAAUGCUCUCAAUUCCUAUGACCAGUUUGGUAGGAUUGGUUCUGUAGAUGACUCUAAGCGUGAAAUUGCAGCUGCUUUUGCUCAUUUCACCCAUGAAACUGGACAUUUUUGCUAUAUAGAAGAGAAUGACGGUCCAUCAAAGGAUUACUGUGAUGAAAGCAACACCCAGUAUCCGUGUGCUCCUAACAAAGGCUACUAUGGGAGAGGACCCAUCCAACUAUCGUGGAACUUCAAUUAUGGACCAGCUGGGGAGAGCAACGGUUUUGAUGGGUUGAACGCUCCAGAGACAGUGGCCAAUGACCCUGUUGUGUCUUUCAAGACAGCAUUAUGGUAUUGGACACAAAAUGUGAGCCCUAUCGUUAACCAAGGCUUUGGUGCAACCAUCAGAGUCAUCAAUGGCCAACUUGAAUGUGAUGGUGCCAACCCUGAAACUGUUCUGGCUCGCGUCAAUUACUAUUCCCAAUAUUGUUCACAACUCGGUGUUGAUCCUGGUGAUAACCUCUAUUGCUAA